UCGAUUUUUGCUAAAUGGAGAAGGCAGUUCUUCUUUUUGUUCUGCUUCUGGUUGGCACAGUACAAAGUGAUCGAACUCUCGAUCGUUGUACCUUGGCCAUUGAAAUGGAUCGACUAGGAGUACCACGAGCGGAUUUAGCAGCCUGGGUGUAUAUUGCAAAUCACGAAAGCGGCUUUCAAACUAACGUUAUAAGUAUACAAGUUGAUGGCAGCAAAAGCUAUGGUCUAUUUCAAUUGGGCAGCAAGAUUUGGUGUGCAGAGUCAGACGACAGUGCCAGCGAUAAUUUCUGUAAUGAGAGCUGCGAUAAUCUUCUGUCAGACCAGAUUAAAGCCAGUGUUCGUUGUGCACUGGUCGCCAAGGGUCGAGCAGGUUGGACACCAUGGCCGAUUUACAGGGAUUUCCAGUUGAAUAGAUUGACCAGUGUUGAAGACUGCUUCCAACCAGAAAUCAUCAAUUGCAUCACGAAUGGGACUGUAACUAAUGCCAUGAUAGAUGCAGAACACGGAGUAUACAGAGCUUUCUACGAUUACAAGCCUGAGUUUGAAUUUCAAUAAUGAAAUCUUUACUUAAACAAUUUUGAUGUUUGCAACAGGGAUUUUCGCUGAACAGAGCUCUCAGAUAAUUCUUAACAAUAACGUAUUUUGUAAAUUUAUUAUAAAAAUAAGAAAAAUUGUUCUUUUUAUAUGUAUAAAUACAUGUCUAAGAUCUAAUUCAAGAUUAAAUAUUUUACCAUAGUAUGAGAGCCAUAAACAAUUGUUCAAUAAUUAGUGCCUGUGUCCGGUCAACAGCAAGAACGAAAAAGUCAAAAAAAAUUGUCCGCCCAAUGAAGGGGUUCGCUUCGAAGAAAGCGCUGAAUGCUAUACCGGCUAUACUACACUUGUAUUUGACAUGUUUCGAGGAUUGGAAAAAACGUUGGCAUAAGUGUAUUUU